AUUCACUUGUUGCGGCACCCGCUCGCUAUUAGCGCGAUUCUUGUUCUUGCACUAUUCGAUCGACUCGAGCCCUGAACGAGACAUAACGUGAACGGCGGCUGCUGCUUCCUUGGCGCUAGUUCGAGACAGAGAAGAAGACGCUGGACGCGAGUUCGAUCUAGAAACAGGGGAGUUCAAGUGGACAAGACGUCCGGGAGCAGGCUAUACUCGGACCUCAACUUCGCAGACCUCAAUUUCCCUUAAACCUCCCCACGAUGGCCGGCAUGAACGAAUGGGGAUACUCAACUGUCAACGGGCCCAGUACGUGGGUGGAGAGAUACCCAAUGGCGGCGGGUUCCAGGCAGAGCCCGGUGAACAUCGAAACCUUCCGUGCAAAAUCCGACCACGAGGCUCUAAGUAGCAAACCGUUGAGUUGGCGCUACCCGGCGACGGCAUCCAAGAAGCUGGUUAACCCAGGAUACUGCUGGCGCAUCGACACCGACGGCGACGGCACCCUCUUGACCGGAGGACCGCUUAUGGAUGACAUCUACAAGCUCGAGCAGUACCAUUGCCACUGGGGAUGCUCCGACUCGAGAGGAUCCGAGCACACCGUCGACGGGCAAGCUUUUGCUGGCGAGCUUCACCUCGUGCACUGGAACACCACGAAGUACAACACCUUCGCCGAAGCUGCUAAGGCACCUGAUGGUUUGGCCGUUCUGGGCGUAUUUCUGAAGGUGGGAAAGACCCACGAGGAGAUGGACAAGAUCGCCCGUCUUCUGCCGUACGUCUCUCAUCGCGACGAAGUCGUUAAAAUCACGGAAAACAUCGAUCCUAGCAAGCUGUUACCCGCUCGCAGUGGCCGAGCCGGUAGCCAGAGAUGCUUAAACCCUUGCAUGCGUUGGGCAGAUCGAAUCAUUCGGCACGAGAGCAAGUGCAAUUUGCAAGCCGACGACAAUGGGUAUUGGACGUACUUGGGCUCACUGACAACACCACCCUGCAACGAGAGUGUUACUUGGAUAUUGUUCAAGAAGUACAUCGAGGUCUCUCACCAUCAGUUGAACAUCUUCCGUAACCUGAGGAAGUUCACGCGCGACGAAGAAUGUCCCUGUCACGAGAAUCACGGAGCUGUGAUCAACAACUUCCGUCCGCCACUGCCGCUCGGCAAUCGCGUUCUUCGCGAGUGCGGAAGCUUCUAAAAAGGGACGUCAUCCUGCGCUUGGGCCUCGCUGUUUAUGGAAGAACGGAAAUUUGCAGGUCUAACGCAGAGGAGUAUUUGGGAUGUGUCUUUGCCGGCCAUCGAGGGGAGGAGGGGGCGUCGGGGGGUGGGGGGGAGGGG